AUGGUGGUGACCACAGAAGAGCCCACAGCCGAAUCUUUCAUGGCGGAGUUUCUGGCCCAGAUAGAUUUAAUCUUUGAAUGUUUCUGGGCUAAUUUGGAAGCACAGGAGCAUUACCAGCAGCUAUUUGAGCCGAUCACCACAGAGUCUCUGACACAGCACUCCAGUGCACAUCUGAUUGCUCCUCGUUCAGAACCUCCCUGCUCUCAGCCAGAUCAGCAGAAUAUUUCCUCAACACAGCAGAGGUGAGAGUGACUGGGGAAACCUGCCAAACUUGGACCUGCAUAUACAGCACUGAGGAGCAAGGCCUGGGAACAUGGCUAUGGGACUUUACAAUACACAGCCCCUCCAGAUGGCAACUCCUACCACUCAGGUGCAGGGCUACAACUGCUGCCUCUACAGCACAUCUACAUACCUGCCAGAGACCUCCUGUCAAGAGCCCAGCAGUCCUCCCAUAAACUGGUAG